UUGUAACUUCCGGUUGUUCUUUCUGGCGGCGAAGACAGGCAAAUGUAUGCCUUUUGAUCUGUCGAUUCUGUAUUAGGAUCUAAUUAGAGACAACUGAAACAGUUCGAAGUAUUUUAACAUUACAGUUAAUACGGAUGUCAUCGUCAUCUCAAGCAGUACAUGGCAUCUCAUCACGUUCAGGGUCUGAACAUCAUCAUGGUACUCGCACCUCAGGUCACAAGAUUUCUGGUGUAAAACGAGGGCGUGAAUCCCAUGGCCAAGACUACUAUUAUAGGCAGUGGAGACGGCUGAAGAAAGUUGUCAAGGAUCUCAUCUUUAUCAACAGCUCAGUGUGUGAUGAGGUGAUACGUGUGGAAGAAAAACUAGCAAGAGUCAAAGAAGAAAGAAGAUAUUUACUGCGGAAACUUCUUCAAUUUCAAUCAGUAACAGAUGUCGCAGCAUUAACAGUCAAUAGUGAGUGUCAUCCAGCCCCUUCAAAGUCUUCAAAGAGUCCUGUUGGUUCAUCAGCCCAAGACCAGACCUCAGAUCACCCAGGAAAGAAGACAACGAAAAAGAAGGCUGCUGCACCCAGCACUGCAAGCAGCAUUUCAGAGCCACGGAAAAAAGCUCAGCAAUCAGCAAAAGAGCUCCUUGCAGAGUCACUGCAGGCCAAGCCAAAGAAGAGUAAAUCCCAGAGCAAUCGCAAAACUAUUCCCCCGAUGCUUCUGGACUCUCUAGGUCGACCCGUGUUUCCUAUGGUACUUGGAGAUCUCACUUUGCACAGUAUUGGCGAGAUUGUUCCAGACCGCAGUACAUUCUUUACACAUGACUGCAUUUACCCGGCUGGUUUCUGCAGCACACGAGUUUAUGCCAGCAUGACUAGACCCGAGGAAAAAUGUUUAUACACAUGUAAAAUCUCGGAUAGUGGUGAUUUACCAGAGUUUGAGAUUGCUCCAGAAGAAGGCACAGAACAGGUCCUUCGUGGUUCAACACCCAAUGAGUGUCAUUUGCAACUCAUUCUCACCAUCAAUGCAGCCAUAGGGACAGACCUUCUUCCAGCAGUUGGCAGCGGAGCAGACUUCUUUGGCCUCAACAAUCCUGUUGUUCAGAAUCUAAUCCAAAGCUGUCCAGGAGCCAAGAAAUGUGCAGGAUACAAGUGGAUCAAAUUUGAGAUCAAUAAGGCCGAAACUAAUGAAAACAUGGCAGUAGGAAAAAACGACCCAACCAUAAAUAUAGAUGCCUUUCAUAGACUGUUAGCUCAGGUGGCAUGAAGGCUGUGGCCUUUUCAUCUAUGUCAGAACAUCAUUCAACCAGUCUCCGAUCACUUCUUACCAAAGGAAACAUAUCAUUUGCAAGCUAAAUUUAAAAGGGUGUUUUCUUUUAAAGUCAAUCAAAUAAGCUCAGUGUACAUUGUUUUGCUCUUUGGCAUGUUUAUGUUCUUAUCAACCAGAAGGUUUGCAUAUAUUAAAAAUGGAAAUAAAUACAAAAAGAUAAUAUAAUUCUUGAUCGCAUUUGGCACCAGGUUUUUGUAUGUGGUUUUGAGUAUGUUUCUUAAAUAAACAUAAAAUCUGACUUCUUUUGUGUGUGCAUGUGUGUAAAGAUAUUGAAACGUAAUGAUAUCUGCAUUAUUUACACAAUGAAUUAUAUUUUAAAUAUGUACAAAUGAUUAAAAGAAAUAAUGAAAAUAAUUUUGUGUAAGAAAAUAGCCACUGUGUUGGCUUCUUACCAAAUUUUUUUACAGAAUGCUGUGAAUCUCCAUGGGGCUUUGAUAAAAUACACUGCACAAUUUCAAAUAGUUUAUCACAGGGACAGGUCAAUGGCACGUCAUUAUUAUUUAUCCAGGGUUAUUUGGUCAUGCUUUAUAAGGAAAUAGGAAACGGGAAAUAAAAUAAUUACGAAUCGUUA